AUGUAUCCAGCCCCUUGGAGUUACACAUGGGCGCUCUUAGGAAGUUCUGUCUGGAUGGGGCUUCCCCCUCCAGCUGCCCCAUGGGGGGGACUGUCCAGAGGGACUCCUCCCUUGGAGAGGUGCCAAGCCCUUCCAUCAGAAGGGGCCUCCAGACCCUCAGCCUGA